CAACAACCUGGAAAUAAAUAAUGCAGCCAAUGUCUCUUUUAUUCCAGGUCCAGGAUGGAACAUGAAGCGGAGAAAUACCAGCAGCGACUGCAGGCUAUAGCGGAGAAACGGCGCAUACAGGAAGAACAGGAGCGAGCCAAAAGAGACAUGGAGGAUGAGCGAAUGAGACUUCAACAGCUAAAGAGGAAGUCCCUCAGAGACCAAUGGCUGAUGGAAGGACCUCCCACAUCUCCUGACAGUACGGGUCCCCGGUCACCCCUCUGGGGCCAUAAGACUCAGGAGAUUGAGACGCACAUUAACAAAUUACAGGUGACGUCCGAGCGGUUGGAAGAGGAAGAAAUUAAACUGAAGAAACUCACAGAAGACGUUUCCACUGAACGUGGCACAGAUGCUCAGACACAGCAUAAGGGCGAGACUAUGCUGGAGCCAGUGGGAACAGCAGUUGCUGAGACGCUCCCUAAUGGACCUAUCGUGGAGAACGGAAAAGAGGAAAAGAGAGAUAAUUCUGUGCAUGUGGAGAUCCACGACGUGGAGGAAGCAGAACCGCUCACUGAUGCAAACACAGAAGCUGUCACAACUUCAGCUAUUAUUAACGGAAACGAGGAAGAAGAAACCUCACACAAUACUCCAGGACAGGACGAACCUGCUAACGCUUCUGCUAACGGCUUCGCCAACCACCCUGCAGAAGAAACAGGUGCUGGAGGAAUAACCAUGACCUUCCUUGGCUUCAAGGAGGUGGAGCCCGGACAUGGAGUCGAUGAGGACGAUGAUGGUGGAGCAAUUAUUCGAGCAGAAAGAGUCAUCAUUACAGACGAAGGAGAGGAAAUCCCAGAGGAAGAUGACAGCAUGGCUCAAGAACCAACUACCGAUGCUAAAAAUGAAGACCCAUCUGGAAGCACAGAAGCAACGUGUGCUGAAGAAGAGAGAGAGCAUGAUCUGGAAGCGUCUGAAGUGACUGAAGAUACUCCUGCUGAGGAAAUAGACGUGGUAGUGGUAGACGAAGGGCAAAUAGAGGAACAUCUCCCAGACUCCAAUGAAACGCAACCCCAAAAUGUGACAGUAGAUAGCCCUAUAGAGGCUUCCACAACAGAACCUUCUCCAACAAUCACACCCAAAGUCGAAACAAACGCAACAGAAUCCCAAACCCCAAAAGACGAGGUGUCCGUGCCCGCCUCACGCAUCUCGCUCGGCCAAUUUCAGGAGGUUCCGCUGGAUGAGUCCAACACAGAGAAGCAGCGUGCCGAACAAGAACCUCUGCUGAUCUCCAAAGCAGCGGCCAGGCUGGAUACCAGCGCCACCAAUCCAGCAGAGGACGCGGGAGCACCAAAGCGGAAAAACUGCCAGUGUUGUUCAAUCAUGUGAACGGUCUGUUGACAUUAGACAUUAUUUUUAUUUCUUUUCCAUCUUGACUGUUACUCAAGACGUUCAUAAUUUGAUCUUCAGCAGUUCACUUGCGGCGUCAAAGGACAUACUGAAGAACACCUUCAAUGUAAAGACUGGCCAUAUCGGAUGCCCAUAAUUCCUAUCAAUGUAAAAAGAAGCUUUGUAAAGUGCAUUGGCUUGCAGGAAAGGACUGCAAUAGGCGUCAGUGUGCAUGUUGUUGUUGUUAAUGCGUCACCAUUGGUUGCAUUCCCAGCCUCUGGUGUCUGAUUAGUGAUUAUGAUCCUGUUUUUAUGUCUGGCGACUCUAGAGCGUUGGCUGCCGACCCACAGAGGCCUUUGACGGUUUUAACACUACCACAUAUUUUGUUGUUAUCGGUGCCGUGGGAAUCAACCCACAGCGGCAAUUAACACUUCUCUACUUUCAAUAGUUGUUGCAUAAUCUAUUAUAAACAAUUUGUGUGCCUUAUGAAUCAAAACAAAAGAGACGGAAUGGUUACCUGUGAUUUUAUACAUGCUGUAACAUCUGAUGUGAAUUGAGUUUCAAUUUGACUUCGUUUAUUGUUACAUUGUCUUCAACUGGCUGACAAGUGUUUUUAGACAUUAAACGGAUAGUUUAUCCUGCACUGAAAAUCAUUUUAUGUUGUUCCAAAACUCCUUGAGUUUUUCUUUUGCAAGAAACAAGAUAUUUUGAGGAGUGUUUGUCUGUACGGUGAUAGGCAAUAGAUUCCAAAACAACUUUCUAUUACAGAAAAAAGAUAUUUUUGUCUUGCGGAAGAAAGGCAUACAGGUUUAGAACAACAUGACGGUGAAUAAAUGAUGAAAGAAUUAACUUUUUUGUUGUUGAGUGAACUAUCACUUUAAUGUGACCCUGCAAACAGUACUAUUUCUGAACAGUGUAUAGUAUAUGGCGUAAAUCGCUGUAGCAACCUGUUUAAGGUGAAUUCUCCAACUAACAUUUCUGUCGUCUUUUUUAACGGUUGUUUAAAUUGUGCGUUACAGAGAUUCAAGUUUCAUACCAUAAUAUGUAAUCAAUAUUACUCAAAGCUUUCAGUCGGAUUCAGGAACAUCAUUUCUUUCAGCAUGGAAAGUUUGAUGUAAAUUCUCAGUGCCUGUAUAGUAUAUUCAAAGAGCUGAAUAAGAAGCGGUGAGAAUUUUGUAUAGAAAGUUUACAUUGGAAGAAUAAAUAAAAUGAUGAAAUUUAA